AUGCAAAUUAACUAUAUAAAACUUUGGACAUUAGCAAUUCAAGAACUCAAAUUAGAAAGUAGAUUUGAUAAUUAUAUAAGAGCAGUUAUCAGUAUGGAAAAUAUGAAAGAACAUAAUCAUGAACUAUCAGAAAAAUAUCUGCUUACUUAUCUUUCUGAAUAUUAG